AUGACGUCACAACGAACUCGCAAGGCGCAAUUUUAUAUUUUGUCAUUCUUGGCAUUGAAGGCUAAAUUGGUUCAAGAUGGCGAAUUCAUACAAGGUGAAGUAACUGGAGAAAAACCAAGAUUUGCAUGUAUUUGGUUUUUGCAAUUUGGCGGUUUGAAUGUGAAAAUUUCAAUCGAAAUGACAUAUGCAACUGAUUUUGUCAAAGAAAAGCUGAUAGAACAAAUUGCCAAACCUGCAACAAAAAGUAAGCGCAAAGUCACUGUUGUGGGCAGCGGUCAAGUGGGCAUAGCAACUGUAAUUAGUAUAUUGGCGCAAAAUGUCUCAAAUGAAGUGUGUAUAAUAGAUGCCAAUGAAAAAUUAGUAAAUGCUGAGGCCAAAGAUAUACAACACGGCUCGCUGUUUUUAAGGGAUGCCAAAGUAAUUGCCAGUAAGGAUUAUGAAAGCUCAAAAGAUUCGGCUGUGUGUAUUGUGACAGCUGGCGCACGUCAAAAGGAGGGUCAAACUCGAUUGGAUUUACUGAAAACAAAUGUCGAUAUUUUAAGUCAAAUAGUACCGCAACUUGUCAAAUAUUCGCCCAAAACUGUGAUAGUUAUGAUCACUAAUCCAUGCGAUGUUUUGACUUACGCCGCGUGGAAGUUGUCUGGCCUGCCUGUGGAGCGUGUCUUUGCCACGGGUACUCACUUGGAUACAUCGCGAUUUCGAUACUUCAUAGCGCAACGUUUAGGUGUCUCAGCCAGUUCCGUACAGGGUUAUAUAAUAGGUGAACAUGGCGAUAGCUCGGUGCCGGUAUGGAGCGGCGUUAGUGUGGGUGGUGUGCGAUUCUCUGACCUUAACAAAUGUAUAGGCAGUGAAGGUGACACAGAUGGAUGGAAUGAGAUACACAAACAAGUUGUCAAAGCGGCCUAUGAAGUGAUUGCGGGCAAAGGUUACACUAACUGGGCCAUUGGACUUACUGCCGCAUCUGUUGCUUCAAUGAUUUUGGAUAACAAAAACGAAGUUGCCACUGUUUCCACUUUAGCAAAAGAACAUCAGUGCAUCGAACAGGAUGUAUUCCUCUCUUUGCCGGUGGUUAUUGGUGCGAAUGGCAUAACAUCUUUUGUGAAUCUACAGCUAAGCGAGAUGGAACAAAAAAACUUAUGCAAAUCUGCUGAAAUUUUGGAUAAGGCGACAAAAUCUAUUAGUGAGAAGUCAGCGGAAAACAAGAAGAAGAAAUGAAAAGAAAAAUUUGUGUCAACUGUAGACGAUAUACAAAAUCAAUAGUGUUAGUUCCUACUUAUUAGUCGUACUAAUAUGUUAUUUUAUGCUAAUUUAAUUUGAAUACAAAAAAUUAUCAAAUGUGUAAAGAAAUCAAAUUGUUAAAAACCAUUCGUAUAGAUUUUUAUAUUUAUUAAGAGGUCGACGAAGGAUGAAUGAGUUCAACUUUUUUCAAAAGAAUAAUACAUAUUAUACUUAUAUCGGCUUUGAAAUUGAAAUGAUAAUACAAACACAGAAAUAACUUCA